AUGGGACAACUUCCGCCCUCCCGCGUCACGCCCUCCCGCCCAUUCCUCACCGCGGGAGUCAAUUACGCCGGCCCUAUUACACUCAAAUCAUGGCGGGGACGGGGUACCAAAUGUCACAAGGAAUGGAUAGCGGUCUUCGUUUGUUUCGUCACCUCGGCAGUCCAUCUGGAGCUCGUCACGGAAUACACCACCGAGGCUUUUCUCGUUGCUUAUAGACGGUUCACUGGACGACGCGGCAUCUGCCACACGCUAUUCAGUGACUGUGGCACCAACUUUCUUGGAGCGGACGCCGCCCUCAAACGACUUUUCGAUUCGGGAUCAACGGAGUCUCAGCAGCUCUCCCAACUGUUGCUCAACGACGGCACUCACUGGGUAUUCAACCCACCGGCGGCCCCUCAUUUCGGGGGAAAGUGGGAAUCAGCGGUCAAGUCCGUCAAAUACCACUUACGGUGGACGAUCGGCGAUACGCUCCUGACCUAUGAGAAAUUUACAACACUUCUGGUACAGAUAGAGGCAGUACUCAACUCGAAGCCACUGUGCUCUCUCUCUGACGAUCCGGAGGAUCUCUCGGUGCUCACACCUGGGCACUUCCUCAUUGGCGAAGCUUCUACCACAAUCCCAGAGCCUUCUCUUUCUGCGGUACCGAUCUUCAGAUGA